AUGUGGCGGAUCUUCGUCCGUCGCUCGAUGCGGCCAGCAGCUCUUCUUGGCCUUAGUUUCUCGUCGAUUUCUUCACUUAAUGAGCCCGUUUCAACUUCAUCAGACGCACCAAUAGAUGAAGAUUCUAUCCCGUCCUUUUCCGUCGAUAAAGUGCGCCUUUCCCGUCGUUUUACCCGUCGAAAACAGUUAAAACAUCAUCGUUACGUGAUAAUCGGGUCCAGUACGGCCGCUAAUACAGCAAUUGAAGCGAUUCGACAGGAAGAUGCAAGUGCUGAUAUUCUGGUUCUUAGUGAUGAGAAUGCGCUCCCUCGACGGGAUUUUGGGAGCUUUCAAAUGGGACGAACUUAUGACGAGAAUUCCAGUGAUGCUGGUGAGGAAGAAGCACUUGCUCCUGCUUUAUUGGAGAGUUACAAUGAAUGGAGACGACAUCUCAGUGCACGAUUUGAAGAAGAUACAGUUGCAAGUACUGGACCGGCACCUUUGACCUUGUUAUUGGACAAGCGGCCAUUGGAAUUUGAUGUGGAAAAGAAUCGUGUGUUGCUUGGAGACGGCACGGAAAUCCGGUACGAACGGUGUCUUAUUGCAUCGGCUGGACGACCAAGACAUUUUUACGUGCUGAAUAGUGACCGGGUGUCGUACGCACUCAAGGACCGCGUGAAUACGUGUACAAGUCGUGCGGAUUUUGUCCGACUGGAUCAGUUGUCGACUGGUGAAGUACGGAGUGUGCUGGUUAUUGGUGCAGGUUUUUUGGGCUGUGAAGUGGCCUGUGCACUGGCAACGGACCCACGCAAUGAUCAUGUGAAGACCAAAUUGGUGUUUGUCGAGCAGUCACCGGCGGCCAGGGCGUUGCCACCGUAUCUUGCAGAAGAGCUUGCACGACGUCUUAGUCGUGCGGGUGUCGAAGUCGUGCCGGACAAAUUAGUCACGAGCUUGAGACCAAGUGUGGACGAUGAUGAUAAUGAAAAUGAUAGUGGGGUGACGGUCGGGGUGCUUGGAGGAAAAGACAAGCCUGAAGCUGUGCUCGAUGCAGAUUAUGUGGUGCUGGCAUCGACGCACACGGACCCAGCUCCGACGCUUCGAUUGGGACGUGCCACGAGCACCGGAGGCGGGCUUGAGCGGGACGAGAAGAAUGGCGGUAUUGUCGUAAACGCUCAAUUGGAGGCUGUUUCUGGUCUUUUCGUUGCUGGUAACGCGGCGAGUUACUUUGAUCCGUACCUGGGAAGACGGCGCGUGGAUCGAUACGACCACGCCGUAAACAGUGGGCUCACAGCUGGACGCAACAUGGCCAGGUCUCUCCGCGGUGCCGGCAAGAUGAAGACGUACAGACACCAGCCCUUGUUUCGCAGCCACUUGACCGGCGUGGGCGUUUUGAUUGAAGGUAUUGGGGAAGUGGAUUCGUCGCUGCGAACCGUGGGUGUGUGGGUGCAGCCGCCAAAUAUCGGCACUGGGAGUGAUGGCACUCAAGGAAUGCCAUGUGAGCGUGGUGUCGUGUACUACCUCAAGGGCAACAAGAUCAUGGGUAUUCUACUGUGGAACGCGUCGGACGUGCUGGAAAGUGCUCGUCAACUCAUGUUGUCGAGACCAGAGAUGCGAGACAAUGUGGUGGAGGAGCUCAAGCACACAAUCUCUCUUGCGCCGAGCGACUGGCUGCACGUGGUGUCUACGUGA